AUGGUGAAGCCAUCGAACAAGAAGCUGAAGAAGAAUAUUCGCAGAAGGAGAACGACUUCUGGCUUCGUUCCAGAAAUAGUGAAAGGUUAUAACAGGGUGUGCAUUGGGAACUUAGCAUGGGACAGGACAGAGCGUGACAUAUGUAAACUCUUCUCUGGCUGCUGCGUAAUAAACUCGGUGAAGUCAGGCAAAAACAAAGAAACAGGGGAGUUUAAAGAGUGUGCGCAUAUGGAUUUAAAGGAUAGUGUGUCUGUGGCCAUGGCGCUUAAGCUUGAUCAGCAUGUCUUCUGUGAAAGACCUGACAAAAUUUGCUGUAAUAGUACUAAUCGUACACCUGGGGAAACAAACAAUAUUGAAGAGACUUAUGAUGCUGCUGCUGAUCCGAUACCUGCUUUAGCUGUUCCUAAUGAAGUUAAUAACGGAAACUACUUUGCAACCACGGUGGGUAGCCGUAAGAUCAAAAGGAGGACCUGUUACAAGUGUAGAGAAAAGGGUCAUUAUGCCACAGCCUGUCUCAAGAAGCUUGAAGAUGCUCAUGCUCAGGCGAACGCAAAGCUGGCUAUGCUAAGCUAUGAUCUUCAAAAGAAAAUUGGUGGCCUUUGCAUGAAUGAGACAUACACUGCUACAAAUGAAGCUCAUAGUGGAAGGUUAGGAUCUGAGGUUAGCUUUGGUAAGAUCAAAAGGAGGACCUGUUACGAGUGUAAAGGAAAGGGUCAUCUUGCCAAGGCCUGUCUCAAGAAGCUUCAAAACACUCAUCACACUGACGCAAAGGUGGAUCAUCACCAGACUGUUGUAAUGUUAACCUAA